UAUUCCAAGCAACUUAAGUACUCGAUCGGUGUAGAAAGAGAAGCUUAAUUAGGGUUGAUUUGGUGGAGAGAGAUUGAGGAUAUGGGUUUCCCGCAAAGGUUGCUGUUUAUAUUGGCAGCAAGUACCAUAUUGAGUGUAACGGGUUUGAAGCAUAACUAUGGAGAAGCUUUGUCAAAGAGCUUAUUGUUCUUUGAAGGACAGAGGUCUGGGAAAUUGCCACCAACACAGAGAAUGACUUGGAGGAAGGAUUCUGCGCUUCAAGAUGUCUAUAUAGUCCCUGCUGAUACUACUGUCUUACCUUUCCUUCGUAAUAAAGUUGACUUGGUUGGUGGUUACUACGAUGCUGGCGACAACGUGAAAUUCAACUUUCCAAUGGCAUUUUCAACAACCAUGCUUGCCUGGAGUGUGAUAGAGUUCGGAAAAUUCAUGGGUCCAGACCUUAAACAUGCGUUAGACGCUAUUCGUUGGGCCACAGAGUAUUUCCUCAAAGCCACAAGCAUCCCCGGUUUUGUGUUUGCACAAGUCGGUGACCCAUAUGCUGAUCACAAUUGCUGGGAGAGACCUGAAGACAUGGACACCCCCAGAACAGCCUUUGCCGUUAGCAGAGACUUCCCUGGCUCUGAAGUUUCAGCAGAGAUAGCAGCUGCACUUGCAGCCUCCUCAAUUGUAUAUAGGAAGUAUCAUUUAGGUUACUCUACAAGACUUCUCCAAAGGGCUAUAAAGGUUUUUGAUUUUGCAGAUAAGUACAGAGGAUCAUACAAUGACAGCCUCGGACCGUGGGUAUGCCCAUUCUAUUGUGAUUUUAGUGGCUACCAGGACGAAUUGGUGUGGGGAGCAGCAUGGUUGUUCAAGGCUACUAAACGCCCUUACUACGCAGAUUACAUUGACAAAAACAUUCAUAAUCUGAAAAACUUUGCUGAAUUUGGAUGGGACUCAAAGGAUGCUGGCAUCAACGUGCUCGUGUCUAAGCUUCUAAUUAAUAGUAGCUCUAAUUCUAAGCCUUUCAUCCUCAACAAUGCUGACAAGUUUGUCUGUUCUGUGCUACCUGAAUCACCUUCAGUAUUGGUCUCAUACUCUUCAGGUGGGCUUCUAUUCAAGCCUGGAGGGAGUAACUUGCAGCAUGCAACAGCAAUCUCAUUUCUGUUUCUGGUUUAUGCUGGCUAUUUGAAACAGACAAAUAAAGAGAUUGACUGUGGGGGUAAAGUUUUUGCUUCUCCAAAGCGACUCAAACAAAUAGCAAGAGGCCAGGUGGAUUACAUACUAGGAAGCAAUCCAGCGAAUAUGUCUUACAUGGUAGGAUACGGAGCAAAAUAUCCUGAAAGAAUACAUCAUCGUGCGUCGUCAUUGCCAUCCGUGGAUGAGCACCGCGGCCACAUUGGUUGCAAAGGAGGAUCAUUUUAUUUUGACAACCAAAAUGCAAACCCCAACUUGCUUGUCGGAGCUGUUGUGGGAGGACCAGAUAUGAAGGAUUCAUACGCAGAUUCUCGAGCAGAUUUUGUACACUCUGAACCUACAACAUACAUCAAUGCACCUCUUGUGGGUGUUUUGGCAUACUUCAAUUCACAUCCAUCCUAGAGUAGAAACUUUCGGAAUUUUGAUUUUAUGUAACAUCUGUAUAUAUGACAAAAUCUUAUUUUAUAUUUUAUAAUUGAUAUAA